AUGCAUGAGAAGGAUAGAGCUUUAAUCCAGUCGGUUCAGGGCUUUUUUGGUAAUAUAGGUUAUGUAUCUAAAGUUAAUAAUACUUCUACUGUGGAAUUUAGAGUUAGUACUUUAAAAGAUCUAGUUGGCGUAAUUCUUCCUCAUUUUGAUAAAUAUUCAUUAAAAACGCAAAAACGUUUAGAUUAUCUACUAUUUAAAGAAAUUCUUUUUCUUAUGCUAAAUAAAGAACAUACUACUUUAGAUGGUAUACAAAAAAUAGUUAAUAUUAAAGCCUCUCUAAACACAGGUUUAUCUAAAGAUUUAAAAGAUUCAUUUCCUAAAUCUAAUCCUACUACGCUAAAAACUAUGGAAAGCUAUGAUACAUGUGUGAUACAGCAAAAAAGUAAUAAUUUACAUCCAGAAUGGUUAGCUGGAUUUUGUACAGGGGAAUCUAAUUUCUUUAUUGCUGUUCAAAAAUCUAAAACUAAAAGUGGUUUAUCUGUUUCAUUACGGUUUUCGUCCUAAGGUGAGCUCAACACUCAAGAGAUCUAUUACUAUUAGAGAGCUUUAUUCAUUUCUUUGGUGGUGGCUUUGUAAUGAAAUAUAAACAACGUUCAGUGUGUGAAUAUACUAUUACAAAAAUUGAUCUCAUUAUUGUAAAUAUAAUACCUUUUUUUGAUAAACAUCCUAUAUUAGGGUCAAAGCACUUAAAUUUCUUAGAUUUUAAGACUGCGGCGCAUAUUAUUAAGAAUAAAGAACACUUGAAUGAAGAUGGGUUAGGUUUAAAUCAAAUUUUAGAACUAAAAAGAAGAAUUACGUCCGUUUACUCGAAUAAAGCUAUAAAUAAUCACAAUGUUAUAUACGGCACAGAGAAGCCAGAUCAAAAAAGGUAG